ACUACUCUUCACCACGAAUCUGCGGUCCCCUCUUCCCUGUUUGAGUAGCAGAGGCCACUUUGCAAUUCACGCCCACACAAAAUCAAAAACCUAGAGAGCAAGUUAUAGACUGAAAUAGAAUCAAGUCAAGAAUUUCAAUAGGCAACCCACGAUCCAUAACCCAGUUGCAGCUUCAAGCAUUUAGUCCAAUAAUCAAGAAGCAUGCCUUCAGGUGCUAAGAAGCGAAAAGCUGCCAAGAAAAAGAAGGAAAACGAAUCAUCUUCCAACACCUCCGAUCAACAUCUUUCUACUGUUCACUCUCAUGGAGAUUAUGAUUCGAAGAACCAAGAUGAUAAAGAGACGGACGGUGGAGAGGUCAGCUCUCCUGCAUCUCAGGACCGCCAUAGCUACCAGCAACAUUUCACGGAAGAGGAGGAAGAGGUGGAGAAGGGAGAGCACACUUCAAAUUUCGUCUUCAUUGAAGGAGUGAAAAACGAGGGUGUCGACGAGCAAAAAAUAGUGGUUGAAGAAGGGAGUGUUGUUCAGGUUGAAAAGGUAUUGAAGCACGAGGACGAAUCAGAAAUGAAAGACGAUGUGGUUGAGCAUGAUGAGCUACCUGAGAAAUCAUAUGAUGGAGGAGUAUCAGGGAGUUCUAGCAGUACCAGCAACAGUUCAGAUGAUGAAUCACAUAAUUUUGAAAAGAAUAAAGAUACCACACACAAUGCUUCAGUUGAUUCAGCUAAGGCAGAGAAUUCAUUGUCUGAGAGGCCGCCCGAGGUUAUUCAUGGUCCUUUGGAGGAACAGGCUGGUGAUUCAGUUGUCGAAACUUGCCCUGUUGUUGGAUCGGAGAAGGUUUCGUUGUUGAACGAGGAAGUGAAAGUAAAUACGAGUGCUCCACCUGAUAUUUCGGAGGCUUCGUACGUGUCUGAAUCUGUAUUGAAGGAAAAUGGGGAGAAGUUGAAGUCUGCCGAAGAGAAUUUUGUCUUUUCUGCGGGUGGUAUGGAUGCGGCAUCUGACAAGGAGGCGGUGAGAGCAUCUGUUCAAUUAGCUAAAAAUGCUGCUGAAACUUCAGAUGCAAAGGAGUGUGCAGUACAGGUGACUGAUGACAAGUUGACUUUGUCAUACAGUGUAACUAGAGUUAAUGAUAAUAAUGGAGCAGAACGUCAGGAAGAUUCUGAAGAUCCUAAGCCAGUGGUAGCUCAUACUCUACAUCCAGUCCAAACCACUUCCUGGAAGAAUUGUUGUGGACUUUUUGAGUUGCUGACAGGGUCUGGUAGAUAAUCCAAGACCCAUAGAUAAUCUCAUUGGCCAUAACCGUCAAUCCCAACAAAAAACCCAGUUAGGAGGUUUUAUGGGAGAUUUUCAAAAAGUCCUCCAACUUUCUUAAGUUAGGAAUUGUACUGGAAAAUUCUAUGCAAUUUGGAGGAAUGUGAUUGCAGUAGCUAGUUAUGUUGAUUAGUAAGAGUUUUAGUUUGUGAUUGUUGUCUCCUACCAAGGAGAAGUAUAUAAUUUUAAGCUCUGUUUUAGCUAUCAUUACUGGCCUAUAGUUAUAGGCAUCUGGUUAAAUUACAUUGAUCUUGUACUCUUUAACAUAUCAGUUAUCAUUAUGUACUAUCAAAAAUUUUAUGUAUGCUUGCUGGUAAACAAUUUUGCACAUUAUUAUAAAUUGGAUGUUCAGAUUGGAUCUUUUUUAGUCAGUUUCAGUAGCUGCUGGAGGAAAAAUCUUGAAGAGCUUCGAUACUAUUGUAGAAUGUUGUAUCAACUACAUUCACUUGUGGUCGAUUAAUUUUUAGUAAAAUUUCAUGUUGAUCACUGAAUAUCAGUUUGUUUCAAGUUGCUCCACAAGUAAUUUUAUCUUCUAUAAACUGUGCUCUCCACGAUCUUUUGAGUGAUGGCAGUUGUUCCACAACUAAUUUUAUCUUCUAUAAACUGUGCCUUCUGUGAACUUUUGAGUGAUGGCAAAGUACUCCGCUCCUGCCCGCCUGGCUGAUGAAUUGGGGCUAGAAACAUGGUCUCUGCCCUGAACCUGCCUCGAUUCCUGUUUUUAACUUUAUUUUUCCUUUGUUAUAAGCCUUUUAUCUAUUUUUAUUUAAAUAGUAAUUUAAAAAAUAUAUAAAUAAAUAAUGGUAUGGGGAAUGUAGAUUUUUUAUCCCUGCUUCUCCUUUUGUCGCCCCCAUUGCCAUCUCUCUUUUCUAGUCAAUUUUAAA